AGAAGCUUUAUCCUAAUGUGGUUUCCCAUAGCUGUGCUUCAGGCCAUCAGCAUCAGCAAAGCCAUAAAUACACAAGAAGCACCGGUGAAGGAGAAACAUGCCCGCCGGAUCAUCCUGGGGACACACCAUGAGAAGGGAGCGUUCACCUUCUGGUCCUACGCCAUCGGGCUGCCCCUGCCCAGCAGUGCCAUCCUCAGCUGGAAGUUCUGCCAUGUCCUGCACAAGGUCCUGCGCGACGGCCACCCCAACGUCCUCCAGGACUGCCAGAGGUACCGCAGCAACAUCCGAGAGACAGGAGACCUGUGGGGCCAUUUGCACGACAGGUACGGGCAGCUGGUGAGCAUCUACACGCGGCUCCUCCUCACCAAGAUCUCCUUCCAUGCCAAGCAUCCUGAGUUCCCCCCGAGCCUCGAAGUGUCGGAUGAAGUGCUGGAAAAGACCGCAGGGACGGACGUGAACAACAUCUUCCAGCUGACAGUUGAGCUGUUCGACUACCUGGACUGCGAACUGAAGCUGUCGGAGUCAGUUUUCAGGCAGCUCAACACCUCGAUGGCGGUCUCGCAGAUGUCGGCGGUGCAGUGCCGCCUGGCCCCCCUCAUCCAGGUCAUCCAGGACUGCAGCCACCUCUACCACUACUCUGUCAAGUUAAUGUUCAAGCUGCAUUCCUGUCUGCCAGCCGACACGCUGCAGGGCCACCGAGACCGUUUCCACGAGCAGUUUCGCAGCCUCAAAAACUUCUUUAAGAAAGCAUCUGACAUGCUGUAUUUCAAGCGGCUCAUCCAGAUCCCUCGGCUGCCGGAGAGCCCCCCAAACUUCUUGCGGGCGUCUGCGCUGGCUGAGCACGUGAAGCCGGUGGUUGUCAUCCCUGAGGAAGCCCCCGAGGACGAGGAGCCAGAAAACCUCAUCGAGAUCAGCACAGCUUCUACCACAGAGCCACAGAUCACCUCAGAUAUAUUUGAGCAAACUUUUGGGCCACCCAACGGCAUUCGGGAUGACAGGGAUGCACAGAUCGAGAGCCUGAAAAAGGAGGUGGACAUGCUCCGUGCAGAGAUGGACAAGAUUAAACUGGAGGCGCAGCGGUACAUCACACAGCUCAAGGCGCAGGUGAACAGCCUGGAGGGGGAAGUGGAGGAGCAGCGCAAGCAGAAGCAGAAGGCGCUGGUGGACAAUGAGCAGCUGCGGGAUGAGCUGGAGAGGCUGCAGAGAGCGAAGCAGGACAGUGACAGGUCCCAGCGGCUCUGCGCCGAAGCGGAAAAGAAAGCCAACGCCACUGAGAUCCGCUACACGAAGCUGAAGGAGAAGCACAGCGAGCUCAUCAACACGCACGCCGAGCUCCUGAGGAAGAACGCCGACACCGCCAAGCAGCUGACGGUCACGCAGCAGAGCCAGGAGGAGGUGGCGCGUGUCAAGGAGCAGCUGGCGUUUCAGGUGGAGCAGGUCAAGCGAGAGGCCGAGAUUAAGCUGGAGGACCAGAGCGUGCAGAUGGAGCAGCUGCGGCAGGAGCUGGACGCCCGGCGGGACGAGCUGGACCAGGCGCAGCGCUCGCUCAGCCACGUCAAGCAGGCAGGUGCGGAGCUCAGCGCCCAGGUGGAGGCCCUGCACGCUGAGAAGGAGGUGCUGAGGCGGUCGCUGAGUGAGAAGGAGUGUGAGCUGCUCUCCACACGUGGCCUGGUCGAGGAGAAGGAGCUGCAGCUGAGCCAGGAGGCGGACAAGGCCACGAGGGAGAUCCGUGAUCUCCAGGGCAGGCUCCUGGAGAAGAGCAACCAGGAGAAGAGCCUGCAGCAGAAGCUGCUGGAUGAGCAGUUCAGCAUCCUGCAGGAGACGGUGCGGGAGGCCGAGGACAUCCUCCGGGACGCUGUGGCCAAGCUGGACGACCCGCUGCACGUCCGCUGCACCAGCUCCCCAGAUUACCUGCUCAGCCGGGCACAGGCGGCGCUGGAGUCCACGGACGCCCUGGAGAACGGGCACGCGCAGUACGUGGCCUCCAUGGCAGCAGAUGCUGCGGGGCUGGUGGGGGCUCUGGCCCUCUUCGCACACCUGACGGCCGACACUAUUGUGAACGGCAGCGCCACGUCCCACCUGGCUCCCACCGACCACGCUGACCGGCUGACGGAGACGUGUCGGGACUGUGGGCAGCAGAGCCUGGACUAUUUGGGCAAGCUGAAGGACAAGCAGACGCUGGGGUGUGCUGAGCUGGGGGACGUGCGGCGGGCGCUGCGGGGGGUCCUGCAGCUGGCCCAGGAGCUGAGGCCUAAGAGCUUGGACAUCAAGCAAGAAGAGCUGGGGGACAUGGUUGAGAAGGAGAUGGCCUCCACCUCAGAGGCGAUUGAGGACGCUGUCAGGCGGAUAGAGGAGAUGAUGAGCCAGGCCAGAAGUGAGAGCUCCGGUGUUAAGCUUGAAGUGAACGAGCGGAUUCUGAACUCCUGCACGGACCUAAUGAAGGCUAUUAGACUUCUUGUAACAACAUCUACAAACUUACAGAAGGAGAUAGUAGAAAGUGGCCGGGGGGCAGCAACAACUCAGGAGUUUUAUGCCAAGAACUCCCGCUGGACCGAAGGGCUGAUCUCUGCCUCCAAGGCGGUGGGCUGGGGAGCCACGCAGCUCGUGGAGUCGGCAGACAGAGUUGUCCUGCAUACGGGCAAAUACGAAGAACUGAUCGUCUGCUCCCACGAAAUCGCCGCCAGCACAGCGCAGCUGGUGGCUGCCUCCAAGGUGAAAGCUGAGAAGAGCAGCAGGAACCUGGGCCGGCUCCAGGAGUGCUCACGAAAUGUCAAUGAGAUGGCAGCCAACGUGGUGGCUUCCACCAAGUCAGGGCAAGAGCAGAUCGAGGAGAAAGACACCAUGGACUUUUCAGGCAUGUCCCUCAUCAAGCUGAAGAAGGAAGAGAUGGAAACACAGGUGAAGGUGCUGGAGCUGGAGAAGCGUCUGGAGGGCAAGCGGGUGCGUCUGGGCGAGCUGAGGAAGCAGCACUACGCCCUGGCCGGGGCCUACGACGCCGCCGAGGACGGGGAGGCGAAGCCGGCGCCAGCCCCCAGGCGAGGCAUCCUCAAGAAGCCCCCCUUGGCCCAGAAGCCCGGCCGUGGGGAGCCCGAGCGAGAUGCCGGCCUGUGCCCGCCUCACGGGGCGAACAUCUAGUGAGGGCUGGCUGGCUUCUUCAGCAGAUCACGUUGCCUUCAUGCUGGUGUGCCUUCGUGUGAGGGGGUCUCCUCAUCACCCGGCCUGGAAAACUGGAUGUUUUUUUUUUAAAGAUGCAUAAUUUUUUCUUUUUCUUCACUUGAUUGCUAUCCAUAGAGCAGGGGGGCUUGGGUAACGUGGGACGCCCUCCUCCUCCUCCUGGCCUGCCAACCAGCUCUCCCCAUUUAAUUUAAUUUGGGGUUCAUUUGGGUUAAAAUUUUUUUUAAAAAACUUUAUCAGCACUAGAAGUUUUCAGUAAAUGUAGCUCUCUACUGUACUGCUCAGACCCUUUCAAAGAACUGUGAACUGUUUUUUAAAGUAGGAAACUGUUGGGCUUUUCUUGCAACCGUUUUUUAAAUUCCCCUUUUUCAUCCUGAGGAAUAAUUUGACUUUGUUUCAGCCUGGAAUUGGCCCUCAGUGGAGAAGGAGACAUUAGCCUUAACCAGCGUGAGGAGCAGGGCUUUUGUAAGGGAAAAAGCAGUUACUGGCACACACUGGCAAUAAGGAUAAAAAAAUUUUUUUUUUUUUCCUUUUUCUAUUUUUUAUUACUACAGCAACAUCAGGGGAUCAGUUGCAUUGUUUUAUAUUUUAAAUAAUUAGCAGAAUUAAAUCUAACCGUGGCCUAUGGGAGCCAGGGGAUAGAGAAAUCUGCGGCAAUAAGGAAUUACUGAUGUGGAGAGAUGUGGGAGCAGAAUGAAAAUCCUGUCAGCUGUAUCUUCCCUUGGAGCUACUACCACGAUGUAGAUUAUUAAAGAAGCAAUAUUUAAAAUACAUGUUGCAGUGUCUGGUCAGCUUGGUGGUGGUGAGGGGGCCAGUGCUGUGGUGCAGGGUUCUGCUGGUUGAAGCAAGCCUGCCCUGAUUUCCAGGGUGGCAAAAGGCAAUGAAGUGCCUCAAAGAAGAUGGCUAAAGCCCAGGAGCAGAGUGGGGUGUGCGAGAUGCUGAUGUAUGAUGCAGCCCUGCACCCACUGUCUGCCUGUAUCUAGGUGUACAUGUGCAUAAACAGAUCUAUUGAUAGAGUCAUGUCUAUCUGUGUAGCAGUACAUCUAUAUGUAUUUUUUA